UGUGCAGUGCUCCGUCCGACACAUGGGCGGUCACACGAAAACAGCCAUUCAAACCUUAAAUGCAGAAUGCUCCUUUUCAGCGUUGACUAUCAGCCAUACAUCAGACGAUUUUCUUGAGGGACAGGCAAGCAAAGUAACCUGCACUGCCUCAUACACAUGCUCCAAACAUAUACCAACCCUGACAUGGAACUAUGGUAGCAUGCCAGCCUCCACUGAUACCAGCAACAGUGGAACCACUAGUUGGAGGACUGUCUCCACACUGACAUUCACAGCAUCAGCUAACGACCAUGAACGACCUCUGACAUGCUACGCACGAUUCACUGGAGGACGGACGCAGGAUAAGAGCAUCACCCUCCAAGUAAAGAGAAACAUGCUGUCUCGCGGCUGGUCCUUCACCACCCCCCGCAGCAUCACAGGCAUGAGAGGCUCAUGUAUCAUCAUUCCUUGCACAUUCACCUACAGUAAUUCCCAGCCUGCUGACCUCCGAGUUAUAUGGUACUUGUUCCAGAGCAAUGGGUACUCACCUGUAUUUGAUGAACGACAGAAUAUUAUGAGUAAGUUUAACGGGAUAACCAGCUUGAUUGGAGCUGUGGGGGAGAAGAAUUGUAGUCUUAAGAUCGAGAGGCUGGAGAUGUCACAUAACCAGGACAGACUUUACCCAUGGGUGGACAAGCACCCUAUCACCUCCUACCAAAGCCUGGGUCCCACAUUUUAUGAAAAAACCUCUCAACUUAUUGUUUCAGACCAAGCACAGGAACCACAGGUGAGCAUCAUAGGUAUCCCCAGGGUGGGAGAGGAGAGCACAGUGUCCUGCAAUGUGCGCCAUACAUGUAUCUCUGCUCCCCCCACCCUGACCAUAAGUGGUAUACCUGGAGAAGAUCUCAUUACGGACACUUUGGUAACUGAUGGGAUUUGGGAAAGGACAGUAGAGAGAACCUGGGCUGUAAAAGAAGAGGACCAGAGUGUGAAGUGUACUGUUAGCUACACUGGGGGUCAAAGAGAAACAAGUCCAUAUAACAGCAUCAGAAUGACUGAGCGGCCUGGCAACGCAACAGAGGGUGUGGCAAAGAGUGUCAUUUGUUCUGUUUCCUACAAAUGUAAGAAAAAUAAACCAACCAUUGUGUGGAACUACGAAGACAUGCAGAGUUCGUUAAAAACCAAAGAGAACUCCAGCAAUACCUAUAUCACAGUGUCAAAUCUAACCUUUAUUGGGUCUCUUGAGGAUGACGGUAAAUCUUUGACCUGCAUUGCUCAGUUUGUUACUGGCGAGACCUCAGACUCUGAAACCCUUCAUAUAAAAAAAUAUGUGAGAGAUCCAUAUGAAAAUGACACGUUCCAUGAUCAGGCUGCUGACGUCCCUUUCAGAUUCAGCGCCCUGACCGGCUCCUGUGUGGUGAUUCCCUGCAGCAUCCCGUACAAGGAAGAUGAGCCUUUCACGCGUGGCAUCUGGUCCAAAAGAAAUAAUGAUGUCAUCUACCAUAAUGGCCCGACCUUUGUGGUUGACCAUUUCAAGGGCCGCACCAGACUAUUAGGAGAGCUGAAUGAGGGAAACUGCUCAUUAGAGAUUGAUGACAUCAAACCCUUUGACAAUGGGCCCUUCUGUUUCCAUGCAGAGAGAGCUAACAUGGAAAGAUAUAGAUUCAACAAUAGCUGCGUAUUUAUUGUUAUGAAAGCGUCCCCAGAAAAACCAGUGAUGACCUCAGUUCCAGCAGAAGUUGAUGCUGGCUCAACGAUUACUGUCUCGUGUUCUGUUACGCACACAUGUCCGUCACAUCCUCCAGUGUUCUCAUGGAGUGUCCCUCACCUCACCAGCGAGGUCACGCACACCUGGACGCCGCAGGGCAUCUGGGAGACGACCUCCACCAUCACGUUCACGGCUGCUGGAGGAGACGGGGUCAAAAACCUAACCUGUACUGCUGUCUCCUGGCUCGGCAAACAACGAGCCAGCACAGUCCAGAUGACUGUGAAGGGUUAGAGCCACACAAUUCAUCUGUUGUGUUCAUGUCUGGUUAUGCAGUU